GAUCGCUGCCUUUGAACCACUCACCGCCCAAAAAAUAGAGGAGAAAAAAAAAGACUCUCCCAAACCUAAUCAGGCCGAUAUUCUCUCCGUCUUCCCCUCUUUCCAAUCCCCUCACAUCACACAAUAUGAAGCGCAAGACUGAAGGAAGAGAAUCGCUGGGCGGCAGUGACCAGCCAGAUUCCAAGAGACGGGCAUUGACGAGCGAAGAAGCCGCUGCGCGCUUCCGCGAUGGUCUGUUUGAACCCUCGGAGCAGCAGAAGUAUACCGAGCAAUACGCCGAGUCCGCACCGUACAAGCAUGGAGUCAUCCAUCCCUUAAUCGAGCCUUCCUUGCUGCGCGCGGUCCGCAACGAAAUCCAAGAACACUUGGACUUCACCGAGAAAGAGACCGAUAUCUACAAGAUCUUCCAGUCCGGAGAUUUGGCGAACCUGGAUGGCCUGGACGAUGCAUCCCUGUCGCGACUCCCCUCCCUGCUGAAGCUUCGUGACGCCAUGUACUCCGCCCGCUUCCGUGAGUACCUGUCGUCCGUGACUGGCUCGGGCAAGCUGAGUGGUCGCAAGACCGAUAUGGCUAUCAACAUCUACAACGAGGGAUGCCAUCUUCUGUGCCAUGACGAUGUCAUUGGAAGCAGACGUGUCAGCUACAUCUUGUAUUUGACUGAUCCCGACACCCCCUGGCAGGCGGAAUGGGGUGGUGCACUGCGCCUGUACCCCACGACCACGAAGAAGGAUGCAGAGGGUGAGGACGUCAAGAUCCCCAGUCCCGACUUCAGUCUCAGCAUCCCGCCUGCCUUCAACCAGCUGAGCUUCUUCACCGUUCAGCCUGGUGAGAGUUUCCAUGACGUCGAGGAGGUUUACCACUACAAGGAGGGUGAGGACAGGUCGAAGAAGCGGGUGCGUAUGGCCAUCAGUGGAUGGUUCCAUAUUCCCCAGAAGGGAGAAGACGGCUACGAGGAGGGCCUAGAGGAAAAGCUUGCCGAGCGGAGCAGUCUCGCUCAGCUUCAGGGACGCGGUGACAUCUACGACCUCCCUCAACCUAAGACGGUCGUGUGCGAGAAUGAGUCGCAAGAGGUUGAGGGUAAAGGCAAAGGCAAAGUGGAGGAGCAACCCAGCAGCGAAUUUACCGAGGCCGAUCUCAACUUCUUGAUCCAAUACAUCGCACCAUCCUAUCUCACCCCAGAUAUCGCGGAGGAGAUGUCGGAGACAUUCACCAACGAGUCCUCGCUCAACUUGGAACAGUUCUUGUCAGAGAAGUUCUCUGCCCGCGUGCGAGAAUAUAUCGAGGAGCAGGAGAAAAAGACACUUCCUCAAUCAUCAGAUGAGAUCCAGGCACAGACCGGAUGGACUGUCGCCCGCCCCCCUCACAAGCAGCGCUACAUGUUCUUGCAGCAUUCAACCGCUGCACAGGACGAGAAGAGUCCCCUUCAGGAGCUGCUCAACGACGUCUUUCCUUCCCCUGCAUUCCGCAAAUGGCUCGCCGCCAUUACCGGUGCGGAACGUCUCACAAGCUACGACUUUAUGGCACGCCGCUUCCGCCGCGGACAAGACUACACUCUAGCCAGCGGCUACGAUGGUGAAGAGCCUCGGUUGGAGUUCACGCUGUCCCUGACCCCUACACCAGGAUGGGAGAAGGAGGGUGAUGAGGAAGAGGAUGACGAAGAGGAGGAGGAUGAUGAUGAAGAGGGCGAGAACGAUGAGUCCGAGAAGAAGCCAAAGGCCGAGCCUAAGGAGAAGGAGCCUAAGAGUGACGCUGAGGAGCCCGCCGUGGGUGGCUACGAGCUCUACAUGGCUGGGGACGACGAGGAGGAGGGCGACGCAGCCAUCUACCGUUCUGCCGCCGCGGAUGAAGAUGACGGUAUCCUAUUCAGCACUUCUGCCGGCUGGAACCGACUGAGCAUUGUCCUGCGCGACAGCGGCACCCUCAAGUUUGUCAAGUACGUCAGCGCUGCCGCCAAGGGAGAUCGGUGGGAUAUCACCGGUGAGAUGGGUGUGGAGUUUAAUGACGACGACGAAGACGAGGACGACGAGAUGGAAGCUGACGAGGAAUAAAAUGUUAUCUUUUGGCUAAUCUCAUUUGUCCGUUUGUAUAUACAAUGACUUUUGCUAUCUUCACGAAUCAAGCAUUGGGCACCACCCAAAUGACAAAAAUAGACUGAAUGUUUCACUCCUGCAGCGGCCAAAUGAUUGCUGCCUACUAUGGAUUCACUGUCCUAGUCAGUACAUGACGAUCUCCGGUGGCGAAAUCUGUAUCCCAACUAUAGAACCGAGCAGGCGCUUAAGUGGCUUAGCCAACGGGCUACCUCAAUGCACACAGCCACGACGAUAGGCCAUAUGCAUCUCCAACUUAGUUCACAAGCAGGCGGCAACAUAUUCUCCUUCAUGUCGUACAUUUCUCAUGAAUUACACAUUCAGGCUGUUUUACAAUAACCCCAUCCAGCAUCUAGAUCAUUACAAGCCCGACCAGUAAGUUACACAACAAAGUCUGGACUGUGAAACACCCCCACUUAACACUAGUUUAGCUGUGUACCGAUGGAUGUAAGCAUGCAUUGACUUCAGCUUAAGGUGGAAACUAAGUUUGUGGUGGACUUCUGUUGAUCCUUUCAUUUGCAAAUUUACGAAUCACUGGACCGCAUGCAUGGAAGUAUAUUCACAGGGGCGCAUUAUGGUUUCAUCUGCGACAUUAUUG